AUGCUCACAAGAAGCCAGACAAACGAAACUCCAGCUGCCGCUGAUGGUGAUGCUAGCAACUCCGAUUCGGACGCAGAUGCCACCGCAGUCAACAUUGGAGCCCAAGACGCUAUGGCACAACCACAAGCCAACGUCGGAGGCGAUGCGUUGGCCACCUUGGUUGCCAGCAUUGCGUCACUACGUGCAAGUGUUGAAGAGUUGCGUAACGAAACCAGCCGUAGCCAAGCAGAAGUUCAACAGCUCCGACUGCGAAUGGAAAUGGAUUCAGCCAAUGCCACCGCGCCAACGUGUGAAGUACAGCCGCCAGUUCAACAGUUCCCUCAAGCAGUACAACAAUUGCCUGUAGUACAGCCGCCAUUGCCGUUGCCAACAAAUGCAUUGCAGUUUGUCGAGGGUUCAGCCGCCAAGCUAUACCCUUUGCCAACUUUCGAUGGCAGUCCGGAAGAUUGGCCAUUAUUUUCGGCAAAUUAUGUGGACACUACAGCAGAGUUCGGCUAUAAUAACAGGCAAAAUCUCAUGCGAUUGCAGAAAGCGCUGCAAGGCAAUGCCAAACGAGCAGUCAUGUCCAUGCUCAUAUAUCCCGACGAUGUGCCCAAAGUAAUGAAGGAACUCGAAUUCAAUUUUGGUCGGCACGAUUUGUUAAUACGUGCGCAACUACAAAAAGUUCAACAGUUUCCUACAAUUCACGACAACCGCCUAGAUCAGGUUCUGGAGUUUUCCAAUCGAGUUCGCAACAUAGCCGCGUUUUUCAAAUCGGCGCAAUGUGAGCACCAUCUUAUGAACCCUACACUUCUAGAGCAAUUGAUCUCGAAGCUGCCGCCGUCGAAACAAUAUGAGUGGAGCAAGCAUGCUGCCAACAUUAAGCCGUUUCCUACAGUAGACAAAUUUGCAGAUUGGUUGAGCGACUUGGCCAAGGUCGUGUCAAUCAUGCCUGGGGUAGCUGAAAUUUCUCUGCGUUACAGCCAAGCGUCGUUGCCAUCGUCGCGUCAGCAAUCCGGUAGCAGUCGUCAGUUUGCGUCAAGUGGAGUUCCGGCACGUCGAGUCUUACACAGCAGUGGGGAGCAGCCUGUAUGUUUGUGUUGUGAUCAGUCGCACGUCUUAACUGAUUGCCGUAAAUUUAAAUCAAAUGAUUGCCCAGCCAAGUGGUUGCUUGUCAAACAACACCGCCUUUGUUUCGGUUGUCUACAAGCAGGUCAUGGGUUAUCUGAUUGCCGUCGUCGUAAAGCAUGCGCCAUCAAUGGUUGCAAGCGUAUGCAUCAUCAGUUGCUGCAUCAAGACAAUCAGCCGUCGUCACAGCCAACCGCCGACCGGGAACGCAUCCUCAACUGUCGCCAAGAAAGUGAAGUCAGCCUAUUUAAAAUUUUGCCGGUGAUAUUGUCUGGCCCGCAUGGUAGUGUGAACGUGUAUGCUAUGUUUGACGAGGGGUCAUCUGUGUCUCUACUGGAGGAAGAGGUCGCAACACGGCUUGGGUUGAGAGGACGUGUUAAGCCACUUACCCUGCAAUGGUACGGUGACAGCCAAACAACAGAGAACUCAAGGCCAGUGUCAUGUGAUGUGAGAGGGGUGAAUGGUAACAACUAUUCUCUGAAAGAUGUGCAUACGAUAAAAAGCCUUAAUCUGCCGAGGCAAUCGCUCGAUAAGUUUAAAUACGUGCACUUAAAAGAAUUGCCUGUGCGUAACUACGUCGAUGUCAAACCAGUUUUACUGCUGGGUUUGGAUAAUUGUCACUUAAGUGUGCCCAUCAAAACAGUCGCAGCCCGAUAUGACCAACCAGUCGCCAUCAACACUAGGUUGGGUUGGGUCGUAUAUGGACCUCACCGCCAAGAAAGCGUUGCCGUUCCUCGAGUUCUUCAUGUUCGCAAGUCAGACGCAUUGAAGCAAUUAAAUAAGCUAGUGGAGGAUUAUUUUGCUACAGAAAAUUUUGGUGUCAACAGUCAAGUCGUCUUGGAGUCGGACGAAAACCAACGCGCCAGAAAAAUAUUGGCGGAAACAACAAGGGACCUCGGUCAGGGGUAUGAAGUUGGCCUGUUAUGGCGGGAGGACUCGGCCAUUCUGCCGCCAAGCUAUGCAAUGGCCAAGCACCGCCUACUUAACAUCGAGUCGCGAAUGCAGAGAGAUGCAGUUUUCGCGGAAAACUACAAGAGGGAAGUCGCGAAGUACCUCGACAAAGGAUAUGCGAAGCCAUUGACGCCUGAUGAAGCCUCCGUGGAAGGACCAAGAACUUGGUACCUCCCUCACUUUGGUGUUGUGAAUCCACACAAGCCGCAAAAACUCCGCAUCGUUUUUGACGCAGCCGCCGCUACAAAUGGUAUUUCGCUUAAUUCUGUGUUGCUGAAGGGUCCGGAGCAAGCUCAGCCACUGAUAGCUAUCAUACACAAGUUUCGUCAGGGUGUCGUCGCUGUGGCCGGUGACAUCCAGGAGAUGUUCUCGCGAGUACAAAUUCUGGAGGCCGAUCAAGAGUCACAACGAUUUCUGUGGCGAGAUGGCAACACGUCCGAGCCUAUACGUAUUUAUAAAAUGUCGUCAAUGAUUUUUGGAGCUAUUUGUUCGCCGUGCUGUGCGGAGCACGUUAAAAAUACCAACGCCAUCAAAUUCAUGUCUACGAUGCCAAGGGGUGCACGAGCUGUCAUUGAAAAUACAUAUGUCGACGAUUUGGUCAUGAGUUUUAAUAGUGCCGAAGAAGCUAUUGAGGUCAUCAACGAAGCUGUCAAAAUCAACGCCGCUGCAUCUUUCAAGCUCCGCGAUUUUAUAUCCAACGACAAACUAGUUCAACAGAAGCUGAAUGGUGAAGGUUCAUCUGCCAACAAGCAAAUCAUAAGAAUGGAGCGUCAAGCAACAAUGGAAAAAGUUCUUGGUAUGUUUUGGAACACUGCUAACGAUGGUCUUGAAUUUCAGUUUAAAUUCCACAAAAUUACUCACGAUGUUAUUGAUGGUACACGACCUCCAACCAAGCGCGAAUUGUUGGGCAUAGCCAUGUCCAU